AUGAUUUCAUUUACACCAAAUGAACAAGAUUGUCAACGAGCGACGAAUAAUGUGGAAACAACAAAUGAAUUUGUAUUUAUUGUCGAUUGUAGCGGAUCAAUGCGAGAUGAGAAUAAGAUUGGCUAUGCUCGACAAUCGAUGAUGCUUUUCUUGAAAAGUCUUCCACUGAAUUCGUAUUUUAAUAUCAUUCGAUUUGGAUCGAGUCAUCAAUCAUUAUUUGAUCAGGCAACAGUGAUUUAUAAUGAAGAAAAUUCGAAAAAAGCAGCAGAUUUAAUCAAGAAAAUGGAUGCUGACUUAGGUGGAACGGAAUUAUUAAAUCCAUUGAAAUGGCUUGGAGAACAUCCACCACAAGAUGGUCGUUCUCGACAAAUCUUUCUCCUAACUGAUGGCGAAAUCUCCAAUGUCACUGAAGUUCUUGAUCUCUGUCGGUCAAUGUCGAAAUCGUCACGAAUAUUUUCCUUUGGCUUAGGUAAAUCACCGAGUCGUUCAUUAGUGAAAGGCUUGGCACGUUCAACUAAUGGUCGAUUUUGUUUCAUUCCACCAUCAACAAAAGUUGAUACAUAUGUUGGUCAACAAUUAGAAAAAGCUCUUCAAUCAUCGAUAACAAAUCUUGAAAUCAAAUGGAAUUUACCAAUUCAAGUAACAACUGCACCAAAAACUCUUCCGCCAGUCUACGCAAACGAUCGUCUGAUCGUUUAUGGAUUUAUUAAUGAUCCAUCAGUGCAAUUUGAUCAUCGUAUUCAAAUCGAACUGUUCAGUAACCAACACAAACUAGCCGAAGCAAAAAUAACACAAAUACCAGCGAUCAUUCAGAAUCAAACCAUCAGCCGUUUAGCAGCAAAAGCUCUCAUACUCGAAUUACAACAUUCGAAACUACCACCAAUACAAAGAAAAGGAUCAGGGCAAGCAAGAUUUCAAGAGUUGAAUAAACAAGAUGAAAAGUCCAUCGACAAUGAGAAAGAAGAACAGAAGAAACAUAUUAUCGAUUUGUCAUUGAAGUAUCACAUUCUUAGUCCAUAUACUUCAUUUGUUGGAAUUGAAAAACGUCGAGAUGGAAAUAACGUCGGAAUGGUUUUGCGUGAAGUACAAAUUGAAAUUUCAGCUGAUGAUCAACAUUUACAAGUUCGACGUUCUGCCGCAAACUCUUUCGUUCGUAGAGAAAGUCGAGCAAGACAGAUACCAAUGGAUGUCGAUAACGAAGAGUUUCCAAGUGGUGAUGAAGAUAUUGUCCGUUAUUUAAUUGAGAAACAAAAUUUCGAUGGACUUUGGAGUGUUGAUUGUGACAUCAUUCAAAAGCUGACAGGAAAAUCGCUAACUCAAUUUCAGUAUUCAGCACAAAAAGAAUUGAUUAUAUCAGCAAUCAUCAUUAUUUUAUUAGAAACCCGUUUUUCAUCAUAUUCUUCAAUGUGUAGUGGAAUCAUCCAGAAAUCGAAAAAACGAAUUCUCGAUCUACUCAACAAAGAUCAAAAUCAAUUUCAAUCCUUAUUUGAUGGUAUUCGACAACAACUCUGA